CUUGUAUCUACUUUUGGACUGCCUUGUUAAAUUUUCUUAUUUCCUACCAAAACCUUAAUCUGGAUACCAAAGAUGCCACAUUACUCCUACCGAUGAUGUGCUUUCUUUUAUCACCGUUAGUUUCGUCGAAUGAAAACCAUACCAAUCGUACGUGCGGGUCGGUUCUGGUCGUGUGCCCCGACAGAGAGAAGAAGAAGUGAGAGAGAUUCUUCUUCCUCCUUCGUUCUCCAAUUUCAACGCCCCUUCUCUGUCUCUCUCUUUUGGACCGAAAUUCCCAGCAGAUGCGACACAUGGUUGACUUACCCGCGGAGAAUCUCGAAGCAUUGAUCAUCGAAGAUAAUGAAAAGAAAUGCUGGGGCUGUGGACUUCACAUUCUCUUACCAUCCAAUAUACCCGUCUUCAGAUGUGGAUGGUGUGGAGCCAUCACGAAUCUAAACACUAAAGGGGAUCGUAAGGAUAAUAGCUUGUGGUGGAGAUGCGUCCGUGACCGCUGUUUUCUCUGCAUCGUGUCAUUGUUCAUGCUUUUUAUCAUAUGUGGUGGGGUGUGGGCGUUAUAUCCCAUCGUUUUCUCAAUCAGCUUUUCCUGUGGGAUAUUUCACUCAUUUGUGACUCUGCUAUUGAUUGUAACUACACUCACAACCUUCAGCCUCGCAGCGUUUCGACCUGCAGGCCCGCCUCCGAACAUUGUGUGGGGCAGCUACCCGGUGGUGAGUAAGGGGGAACUUCAGGACUAUACUUUCUGUCACUACUGUUUGAGGCCCAAGUCACCAAGAACUCACCACUGCCGUUCAUGUGGAACAUGCGUGCUGGACAUGGAUCACCACUGCCCCUUUAUUGGUAACUGUGUAGGGGCAUCAAACCAUCGCUACUUCAUCGCCUUCCUAAUCUCGACCAUAGUCAGCACUCUCUAUGUCACCACCAUGUGCACCUUUGCGGCAUUACGAACUUGGCCUCCUCUACGGUUCAGCAAGUCGUUUCUCGAUCACCGUUACAGAUUCAGCAGUACUCAUUUAGCCACGGGGCUCGUGAAAGAAAUUGCUUUUGCUUUUCUAAAUUCUGUAUUUCUGUUAUCCACUAGAGGUGUUAUUCUUGUGUACUUGAGUGUUGCCAGUGUUUCUGUUCAGAUAGGGCUCUGCGUGCUCCUGUGGCAGCAGCUGUGUUAUAUUUAUGAGGGCGAGACGUAUUUGAGUCUCUUGAAUUCAUCGCAGGGGGAGGGCAGAGUUGGAGUGAGGGAUUGUCGGAAUAUUUUGCGCUUUUUUGGGUGUCCGUAUUCUGUCUUGAGACACUUCUCGGUGUUUCGGUGGUCUAGGAAGAGACACAAGACGUGAAUUUAUAGGGCGUGGAGCUGUAGUUCACAUAUUUGCUGCCGUUGUUAAAAUUUUGGUCCUUCACCAUCUGUUGUAGAUUGUUUUUGCCGCUUUAUUCUUUGAUUCUAAUUAACGGGUGUUCGGCGUUCGAUGUAAAGUUUGGAUUUUACAAAGUUAUUGCGCAGCUAAAAAGUUGUCGACGCUCUGAUUUGACAGAGGCAGAAUGGAAUUUCAUGCAAAUGGGAGGCCUGACUCCAGCAAGAGAGAGCACAGCAGCUGGGACACCCCACAAUGAAUCCCCACAAAUGAAGCCACAGGCCAUGGCUGGACCUAAGUCAUCAGCCUCUUUCCAGUUCCUUCUCUCCCAGUUGUAGAGGAUCAGACUCCAGAUAACCAUGUCGAUCAAAAAGGACACCCCAUGGUAGAACGGGACAGCCAUGCACAUAGGGCUUGGAAUGAACUGGUAGAGCUCGGCCUUGGUGCAGAACAGUCUCAGCAAUUCCGGGAUCAGGCUUAUUGCGACUGAAGCAGCGAAGAAUGUCACAGCCAGUGUGACGCAGUGCUUUGGAAGGGAGGACGUGCCCUCUGCACCGAUGAGCGCAAUACCCUGGUAGAUCAGGGUCUGAGGUGCGGGGUACGAUCCCAUGGGAUCGCCGAGUGGAUAUGCCCUUUAGAAGAACCAGAAUAUCAGUGGUGUGAUGAUACAGCCAAUCCCCGUGCCAAUGACCUGUGCUAGGAACAUAGACCGAGGGGAUGUGAGUGUCAAGUAUGCCGUCUUGAAGUCUUACAUUAGAUCGGAGGCUGUCGAGAUGAUGUUCAUGAUGACACCGCAAGAGGCUAGCCCGACAAUGAUGCCGCCCCGUUCAACGCCGACCCAAGAACUGAAUAUGAUGAUGGCGACUUUACCAUACGCGGAGGCGAGGUAGCAAUCAGUCAGACCGCAGCCAUAGGCAUUGCAGAAGGCUAAGAUCGGAGGGAUGAUAUGUUUACAAUGUAAGGGCAGAUCAUUCCCACUCCAAGAUAUGUAAGCGAGAAAUCAAAAUAAAACCUGUGUUUUGCCAAACUUCUGUAUCAGUACUUGUCAAAUUUCAAUCAAAUCUGAUAAUCACAAUCCUAAUUAA